ACAACUGAACAAUUGGUGCUGAAAAUGAUUUUUUUUAUAAACAAAAAUACCGAAAAAAAACUAAGAUUCAGUCAUCAGAUUCGAAAAGAUUCAUUAUCAAAAGCUUUUCAUUUCCUUCACGUCUUCCACCUUAAUUUCCAUAAAAUUUAAUAGAACAAAACCCUGAUUUUGUUCUUGGAUUUGGUUCGGUUGAGCUGAAAACAAAGAUGAGCGGCAAUUUGAGAACAAUCUGUCGGCCUCACACGGUGUUCACUUCCCUUUUAAUUUACAGGGACCAAGCUCGCUCGGUAAUUAGGGUUUCGAUACGAAACCCUUGCUACAAACCUCAUUUAUCUCCUCGGUUUGAUUCCAGAGAUUUGAAUCGGACGGAAUCGUGGUUCCGCGUAACUCACAGAAGAACUGUUGUUAGCGCCUAAAAUUGAGCCGACCAAAAAUCUCCCUACGAAGCCCUGGAGUUACAAGAGGAUGCUGAUGAGGAUCAGAUAAAGGUUGCUUACCGGCGCUUGGCAAAAUACUAUCGUCCAGAUGUAUAUGAUGGUAGAGGGACCCUUGAGGAAGGAGAAACAGCUGAAGCUGGAUUCAUUAAAAUUCAAGCGGCUUAUGAGUUGCUCAUAGAUGAGGAAAAACGGAAGCAAUAUGAUAUGGAUAACUGUGUCAAUCCUAUGAAGCAUCCGAAGCAUGGAUGGAAUGGCUUAUAAAAAAGAGAAAAGCUUUUGAUCAGCGGGGUGACAUGGCAAUUGCAGCCUGGGCUGAGCAGCAGCAACUUCAGCUAAAUCUUAGUGCAUGCCGUCUUUCUCGUUCAAAGAUUGACCCUGACGAAGAAAGAAAAAUAUUGGCUAAAGAGCAAAAGGCGUCGAGGGAGUAUUUUACGAAUACUUUGAAGCGGCAUACACUUGUGUUAAAGAAAAGGGACCUGAUGAGAAACAAAGCAGAAGCGGAAAAGAAAAGGGUUUUCAGCCAGCUUUUGGCGGUGGAGGGCCUUGAGGUUGAUACAGAUGACGAUGAAGCCAAGUAGAUGACACUGCAGAUACUCAUUAACCACUUUCUAUUGUACAAAUACAUUUCGGAAACAUUCUUAUGCAUAUUUGUCAUACCAGAAAAAGAAAAAAAAAAAAACUGUACAUAGCAAUUGCUUUCAUAUUAAGAAAGAAAUUGACUCGA